AUGGGCAACGAACCUAGAAAAGAAUAUCCAACAUACGCCGAUGCUGCUAAAGCUGCCUGUGCAUGGGUCAACGGCGGGAAGAAAAAGAUCGACACCAGCAAGCUCGUACUGUACAAAGGUAAACUGGGAUCAGGGAGUGGCAAGGUUGUUGGCGUCGGUCUGAAGACUGCAGCUGGCGUGGAUGUGGCUUAUAUUCGGUUGGACGUCGAUAAUACCCAAAACGCCAUACACUUCAACGCGGUUCAGUUUGAUGAUGGAUCCAAGUUCGCAGCUGUCUUGCAGCCUACUAUUGCGAUGAGUCAGGCCGCUAGAGAAAGCUUGUACGUAGAGUAUCUCAAGGGACUCGAGAACCGCAGUGCGCAGUUCCUCUGGGAAUGGUGGAGGACAGGAGUGCCGCCGUCUUAG